CCGAUAAAGCGGCGUUGUCCCCGCGCGCCGGCCGCAGCUUCACAGCGCUCGCUCUGCGCCAGCGUCGCUGACUGACGGACCCCCCGGCUGGCCGCCGAGGGCGCAGCCGCCUCCCGGACGCCCCGCCGCCGCCCCGGUGCGCCCGGGGCCCGCGCCGCCCGCCCGCCCGCCGCCCGCCCGGCCGGCCCGCCGCCCCGCCGCCCCGCGGCCCCGGCCGGAGGAGACAGAGCCUCGAGCCACUCGAUGGGGAUUCACAGAGGACUGCCAGUGUGUGUCGCCUUUCCACCUCUCUGUGGCAGGAGAAGUGACCUCAGCGCCUCCUCAGCAAUGACGAUGACACUGGUAUUAACUGAGUGGCACUUAUGGAUUUUUAGCCCUCGCUCGCAGUGAGCCAGCGAGCCAUGUGCCCUUGUGAGGGAGCCCCCCGUGCGUGCAGAGCGGGAUGUGAGCGUGGCCUGCCUGAGGAGCGCGCCUGAAGCACGGGAAGACGUCUUCCUCUGCCCGCAGGGCCGAGGGUCCUGCUUACGUAGAUAGCGCAGACAGCACACUCCCACACCUCCGUCUGGUGGUGAUGAAAAUGGCCCCGCAGAAUGCUGACUCGGAGUCCAUGCAAGUCCAGGAGCUGCCCGUGUCCCUGCCGGACCUGCAGAAGCCUGGAGACCCCGAGGCUGAGAACCGCGAGGAGACCCUCAGCGAGGGGUCCAUCGACAGGAUCCCCCUGCGCCUGUGGGUGAUGCAUGGGGCGGUGAUGUUUGGCAGGGAGUUCUGUUACGCCAUGGAAACGGCUCUGGUCACGCCUGUCCUGCUGCAGAUUGGGCUCCCGGAGCAGUACUACAGUCUCACCUGGUUCCUGAGCCCGGUCCUCGGCCUCAUCUUCACGCCGCUCAUCGGGUCUGCCAGCGACCGCUGCACCCUGAGCUGGGGCCGCCGCCGGCCCUUCAUCUUGGCGCUCUGCGUGGGCGUCCUUGUUGGUGUGGCGCUGUUCCUCAACGGCUCUGCCAUAGGUCUGGCCCUCGGUGAUGUCCCCACCCGGCAACCCAUUGGCAUCGUUCUCACAGUGCUGGGAGUAGUGGUCCUGGAUUUCAGUGCUGAUGCGACCGAAGGGCCCAUCCGCGCCUACCUGCUGGAUGUGGUGGACAGCGAGGAGCAGGACAUGGCCCUCAACAUCCAUGCCUUCUCUGCUGGCCUCGGCGGGGCCGUCGGCUAUGUGCUGGGUGGACUGGACUGGACGCAGACCUUCCUGGGCAGCUGGUUCCGGACACAGAACCAAGUUCUCUUCUUCUUCGCCGCCAUUGUCUUCACGGUGUCCGUGGCCCUGCACGUCCUCAGCAUUGAGGAGGAGCAGUACUGCCCCCAGCAGGAGCGUGGCUCCGAGGAGGGCGCCCCGGCCCCCACCGCUGGCCUCACGCAGGACGGGCCCCUGUUCCCAGACGAGGUGCAGUCAGAGCAUGAGCUGCCCCUAGACUACCUGGACCUGGACCUGGUACGCAGCAAGAGCGACUCGGUGCUGCACGUGCCGGAUGCGGCGCUGGACGUGGAGCCCGAGCUGCUCUUCCUGCACGACAUCGAGCCCUCCAUCUUCCGGGACACCUCCUGCCCCAACACCCCCCGGAGCACCAGCCAGGAGCUCCUGAAGGCCACACUGCCCCGCCUGUCCACGUUCCUCAGGGAAACCACCAAGGAGGACGAGACCUUGCUCGAUAAUCACUUGAAUGAAGCUAAGGUCCCAAACGGAAGCGGCUCUCCGCCCAGGGACCCCCUUGGCUACGUGAGGGUGGGCGUGAAGCCCUCGGCCACGUCCAGCUCCAUGCGUAGGCGCAGGCACGUGUUCCGCCGGCAGGCCUCCAGCACCUUCUCCUACCACGGCAAGAUCGGGUCCCACUGCUACCGCUACCGGCGGGCCAACGCCGUGGUGUUGAUCAAGCCCUCCCGCAGCAUGAGCGACCUGUACGACCUGCAACAGAGGCAGCGGCAGCGCUGUCGGCACCGCAACCAGAGUGGGGCCACCACCUCCAGCGGGGACACAGAGAGCGAGGAGGGCGAGAGCGAGACCACCGUGCGCCUGCUGUGGCUGUCCAUGCUCAAGAUGCCCAAGGAGCUGAAGCGGCUCUGCCUCUGCCACCUGCUCACCUGGUUCUCAGUCAUUGCCGAAGCCGUCUUCUACACCGACUUCAUGGGCCAGGUCAUCUUCAAAGGGGAACCCAAGGCCCCCUCCAACUCGACCGCCUGGCACGCCUACAACGCCGGGGUGAAGAUGGGCUGCUGGGGCCUGGUCAUUUACGCUGCCACCGGUGCUAUUUGCUCAGCCUUGCUACAGAAGUACCUGGACAACUACGACCUGAGCAUCAAGGUCAUCUACGUGCUGGGGACGCUGGGCUUCUCUGCAGGCACAGCCGUGAUGGCCAUGUUCCCCAAUGUCUAUGUGGCCAUGGUCACCAUCAGCACCAUGGGCAUUGUCUCCAUGAGCAUCUCCUACUGCCCCUAUGCCCUGCUGGGACACUACCAUGACAUUAAGGAGUAUGUCCACCACAGCCCCGGGCACUCCAAGCGCGGGUUUGGCAUCGACUGUGCCAUCCUCUCCUGCCAGGUCUACAUCUCCCAGAUCCUGGUGGCAUCUGCCCUUGGGGGUGUGGUUGACGCCGUGGGAACUGUGCGUGUCAUCCCCAUGGUGGCCUCCGUGGGCUCUUUCCUGGGCUUCCUGACGGCCACGUUCCUGGUGAUCUACCCCGAGGUGUCAGAGGAGGCCAAGGAUGAGCAGAAAGGCCUGUCCUCCCAGCCUGCCACAGAAGGCGAAGGCCGUGGGGGCAGCGAGAAGCCCAGCGUCCUGAAGCUGUCGCGGAAGGAGGGCCUGCAGGGGCUGGUGGAGACCGAGUCUGUGGUCUGAGCAGGCUGUCAGCACGUCCUCACGGAGGCCGUGGGCAGGGACUGUGCUGCCCUGUCCCCACGGUGCCUCCAGGGCAGCGCAGGCAGAGGUCCUUCUCAGAACACAGUCAGAAUUCCUUAGUUGUAGGGUAGGUUUGAGCUUUUAGGCAAAAAUAUCACACUAAUUACUUUUUCCACAAGUAAAAAAAAAAAAAUCAUUUGAAAUCUUUUUUUUUUUAAUUGAAAAAGAUCUUUUAAUUUCAGCUCUUUUAUUCUGCAGGUAUAUUAUUCUGCAUGUUUUUAAAUUGUAAAACACAGUAUAGUCAAUAAGCAAUUUAGAAGAAAAGAUAUUGCAUUUCUCAAAUUAUAAUUGAAAAUGCAAAAACUCUGAUGUCUUGGCAUAUCUGUCACACUAUGUCAGAAUCACAGUGCAGCUGAUGGGGACAUGCACUGGUGCCCACCGGCAUGGCCGUCCCACCAGGUCUCGUCACAUCUUGUUGGUGCUGCAGCUGUUGGAGGGCAUUUUUCUUUAUGAUUAUUUUUAAGUUUUUUUCUCCUUCACAACGGUGGUUUUCCUAGAAGAACAGCGUCUCAUCUCUUUCUCAGAGUUGGAGGAUCGUGCCUGGGGCGAGCCUGUGCUGGGGCAGCUGCCGGUGCUGGUGGCCACACCCCAGAGCUGGGCGGCCCAGAGGUGGCUGCUGGCAGGAGUGGCAUCUGCAAGGGCUGCCUGCAGACACCACCCUGGGAUGGACCGUCUAGAUCAGCCGGCACCCCUGCGUGUCCUUGUCACCCCUGUCUGGCGCACCCUCCCAGGCUGGCGGCCCACAGGCUACUCCCGGUCGUCACCCUGGGGGCACUCUGUCCUCUACCAUGUGCUGGGAGCCCUGGCCGGACUACCUCGAGUGCGGGCAGUGGCCUCGGCCCCCCCGCAUGUCAGACUCUGCUGGACCUCGUCUGCCCCCUGGUGGCUUCCUCACUGCUCUCCCGCUCAGCACCGGAAGGGGAACAAGCCCAGGGAGAAGUGUGUCCUUUUCCAGGCCCCCGGUCCCGCGACUCAGCACAGUAUUUGUGGUUUCAGCAAAGAAGCAAACCUCGGGCUGUGGGGAAGAAGAGUCGUCAAGUUCAAGCUGCAGCUGUUUGGAAAUGUUUUCAAACCACGGGCUCUUUAGUAAAAGCUAAGCAGUUUCUACUCUUGUUUGAAACGGUCCUCCCGGCUGGCCGAGGUCAGGAGAGGCGCCCACAGUCACAGGGAGUCAGACCGUUGCGCUCGCGCUGCCGCCCACGAGCUGCUUUUUAAAAAAUAAAGUACUUUAACACGCAUGAGAAUCAUGCAGCAAUAUGAUCAUUCUAGAGCAUAUGUACACAUAUAUUUAUACACAUAUAUAUUUCAAGAUGAAACGAAGCAGUUUUUAAAUAAAUUACUUGAAUUUUCUGUGUACGUAAAGGAAUGGCUGUGUCGAUGUCCGCAGCAGGCCUCUGGUCUUGCUGUGUCACCUGCCACGGGUGACAUUUUGUAGCUCGUAUGUUUUGUGUCCAAGAGACAGUCCGGAGCCUGUCAAUGGGCUGUGCUCAGGCUGAGGGGCGUUCCACCAGCCGAGGACAGGCUUCCAGCCCCAGACGCUUUCCGUGUGUCUCGAACCUGAGGACUCUUGGCACCUGGUGCUGGGACAGCCGAGGCCCACCGCUGGCAGCACCGCCGGCGUGCCGCCAGCCCCGCCCCAGCCAAGCCCUUCCUACUGGGCCUCCGUCCUUCUCUCAGGGUGAUGGGCACUUCGGUGCAACUCGAUUCUCUUUAGUGGCUUGGAGCUCGUCGCUGCCCCUUCCUGAGACUUCUGCCUGGGUCGUUGGCUGCAGCCUUGUCUUAGCUGGUCAUUCUGCUUGUCCACCCGGUGACUAGGGAACAGGGAGGCCAGUAGUGCUGGAUGGGCAGGGACUGAUCUGAACCAAGAAGUGGAACAGCCAGACCCAGCACCAGGCCUAGCCAGGAGCUGCGCCCUGUGUCCACUGUCACCCAUGCCAUCUGAAACUGGUUCACCCACAGCUCUGCCUGGCUAAGGUGUGACUUUUAGGAGUGUGGGGGCUUGGGACGACCACCUGCAGAGUGUCGGCCCUAAGAUCCUAGCCUUGACUGUGAUCUGAAUCGACCACAGAAGAUGUCUGUGUUCCAGCACCAGCCUCGUGAGAAACCAGAAAGGAGCCAGCUGUCUGCCCCUAGUGACACCUGGCACAGCUGAGCUAAGCUGAGCUUAACUAGAGCUGUAGCCCUUGAGCUAUUUGCCACCAGAGUCUGUUCCUAUGGGCCUGGUCAGUGUGUAGGACCCUGGCUCAGUUCCUAGGGUCAGUGGUGGUCACUUUCCAGGUUCCCCACGGUAGGUAGAUGUGGGUGACCUGGAGCCCCAAGCUGUGGGCGCGGGUCUGGUCUGGGCACAGAAGGACUGAGUAGCCAAAUCCUUGUGCCUUGGCCCCUCCCUGGGACGAGAUGAUUGCACCGUUGGACCAGCCUGAGGCUGUCAGCAUUGGUGCCUGUUCUUAAGAGCUGAGGAGAAGGCCAGGCUGGCUGUGCCUGCUGCUUCAGGGGGCACACUGGCCUAGCGCUCUUGUGCCCCCCCCAUACCUCAGACUCAGAAGGCAGGGGCAAGGUGGGAAUGCUGCAGGCACCUCAUCUGCGGCCUCUUAACUUGAAAGACCUGGGCCUAGGGGACUGGCAGGGCCUUGCAGGUGCCUGCCUGCUCAUGGCACGUGCAGAGGACACGAGGUGGAGUGAGCCCUGUAGCACCCUCGGGUUUGGGCUGGGUCAGCCCCUGGCCACAGUGCCCCUGAGCACUCAGGGGAGCAGGGUUUCAGCAGCUGAGCGCUGUGUGAUGCAUGUGGACUCCUUCCCCAAGUAGGGUAGCCUUGGUCUGAUCUGCGUUUUUGUGUCCUCUAAAAAGUCAACUAGAGUAGAGAGUCUUACUCAGGUGCCUCUUAACAUGUGGCAGAAGUUUCCAGCACAGGAAUGCAGCUGGUAGGAAGGGGCGAAGCAGGCCUGGGCUGCUGUGGCAGCCUCCGCUGGCUCCCCGUGUUGGCAGAAUGGCUCUGUGACAGGCUGGUAGCUGCAGAGCUGGCGGAGGGUGUGCUGUUCCCCUUCUCUUGGCCUGUGCAGGGGUCUUAGCUGUGCUGACAUUGAUCACCACAUUUAGACAGCUUUGGGGCCCCAGCCAGGGCCAGGCCCGGGGGAGGCACUGUGUCCAGUCAUGUCCCCCGUGCGAGGCAGGACGGCUACACCCUCCUCAGAUCAGCAGCAGCUUCUGGCAGGGCUCAGGAUGCUUCUGGAAGGCUCUGGGUGGGAGAGGCAGCUCUGCGAUGGCCGGCCAACACCUUGAGCCCCUGCUGCCCGUGGUGCCAGUGGCCCAUUGAGGAGCACCGAGUCCAGCCACUCCUCGUGGCGUGUGUGGCCGUGACCCACCUCGUGGCUGUGCGCACUGGCACUGGCUGGCCUCAGGAAGGAGGCGCUCCAUCCCCCUGAGCUGCCGUCGCCUUUAGCCACCAGAACCAAGCGCGCGAGUCGCUGCCAGAAACAGCCUCAUCUGUCUUGGUGCAUCUCAGGUCGCUUCGGAGACUCAAGUCUCCCUGCGCACGUCCAGCCUGUGUCCAGCUGGGCCUCCACAGGCCUAUCAGGAGCGGCCUGCUUCCGAGAGCUCCUGGGGACUGCCAGCACCACCUGGGAGUGCUGUCCGCUCAGUUCCAGGUCGAACUGGUCCUGGCACAAGUGGUGCCUUGGGGCCAAGCCUCCGCAGCCCUGGCCGCCACCUCACGUGAAGCCAGCAUCGCAUCCUAGCCAGAGCCCUAGCCCGGGUGGCCCCUUGGUCUGCCCUUGCUCAGACCUCUAGGAGAGCCUGGGCCUCCUCCUGGGGGCUUCUACCGCCCUCCCUGGAGCUGAUGCGGCGAUCGCUGUGUGCGUCGGACUGAGACUGUCCUUCAGUAGCAGGAUGGUCUGUCUGUCUGAAGUACCAACAGCAGAGAGACUCCCCAAGCCCCUCGGAACGCAACGAUUUAGUUCCAUUGUGAACUGGCCACAGGACAACUUCUUUAUCAACUUAUUAAGUUGGAACACUGUAAUAGCUCUUGCUGAUUUUAGCAAUGGUUUGAGUGUGUGUUAAACACAUGAUGUUAUAUUUUAUGAGGAAAAGGGAUUAUAAAGAGUAAAGUCACACGUGACUUAGUUUCUUCUCCCGUGUGCCUGCUCUCCGCAGAGCCUGGGUUUCCUUGUUCUUGACGACACUUCUUGCAUGUGCAGGGCUGCAGCUCUGGCCUCCUGCAGAGGCACCUGUGCCGAGGCCGGCGCCCCACCUCUGUUACUCUGAUACUCUGAAUAAACCUUCCCUCU